AUGCGCCGCCUCCCCGCCUGGUUCGUCCGCAGCGGCACCUCCACCGGCCUCCUCCUCACCCGCUCCGUCCUCCCCCCCGUCCCCUGCCAAUGGCAGCCCAUCCUCGCUCCCGCAAUGGGCUCCCCGGAUCCCAUCUACGGCCGCCAGCUCAACGGCAUGGGCUCCGGCGUCUCCUCCACCUCCAAGGUCGUCGUCGUCAGCGGGCCUCCCCCUCCCCCUUCACCCUCACCCUCAUCCUCAUCCUCAUCACCCGAAAUAGACGCCGAAUUCACCUUUGUCCAAGUCGGCAUCCGCACGGGAACCCUCGACCUCGCCGGCACAUGCGGCAACAUGACCGCCAUCGUCGGCCCCGCCAUCUGGGACAUGGGCCUCGUCGCCCCCUCGCGCAUCCCCUCCGCAAUCUCCUACGACCCCGUCUCGCGCUCCCGCUGGGCCACCCUGCGCAUCCGCAACACAAACACCAACAAGCUCGUCCUCUCGCGCUUCAAGCUCGACGGGAGCCCCCUCAUGUACGAUCCUCGCGGGGACUACGCCAUGGACGGCGUGCCGGGAACGCAGUCCCCCAUCACGCUCAGCUUCCUCGAUCCCGCGGGCGCCAAGACGGGGAAGGCCCUUCCUACGGGGAACCCCGUCGAUGAAUUGGCUCUCGCGGAUGGUUCGCGCGUCAAGGCCUCGCUGGUAGACGUCAGCAACCCAGGCGUCUUCGUAGCAGCAUCGAGCCUCGGCCUUCUCGACGCCGCAAAUCUCACCCCUUCUGCCGUCGAAGCCAACGCUCCCCUGAAAGCCCGUCUCGAGGAGAUCCGCCAAGCGGGCGCCCUCGCAAUGCACCUCGACCCCUUGGUUGAAAGCGUACCAAAGGUCGUUCUCCUGCUGGAUCCAGCGGCAAAAGUCUCGGCGCAGACGGACAUCCAGUGCCUCGCAAUGUCCAUGGGCCAGGCGCACAAGGCCGUGCCCCUGACGCUGGCGCUGUGCCUGGGCGCGGCGUCGCAGAUGGACGGGACGCUUGCGGCGGAGAUGAUGGGUGGGGAGAAGAAGGAAGUCGUGAGGAUUGGGCAUCCGAGCGGUGUGGUGGACGUGGGGACGACGGUGAGAGGGGGGAGGAUAGAGGAGGCGAAGCUGUUGCGGACGGCGAGGGUGCUGAUGAAGGGAGAGGUGUAUUAUUGA